GAGAAAAUAAAAGUUGAAAAAAUCAAAAAGUAUGGUAGUGUUUUUCGCGCCGAGUGCAAGCGUACGGGAAAAAGAGCGCUUGCUUCUGAAAGAAAGAUGUUAACAAGCGCGAUGAGAAAAAAUGCUUUUUUAAGUUUGAUCACACUAACAUGUAUUAUCCAAGCAGAAAGGGCCGAUGUUUACAAAAUCGGCACAGGCAUAGGAGAUAUAACAGGACCGGCAGCUGAAAUUAAUAUGAUGGGGUACGCACAAAUCACGCAGAGAACAUCCGGCAUCCACACUCGCCAAUUCAGUAGAGCUUUUAUUGUGGACGAUGGCCAAUCACGAGUUCUUUUCAUCUCACUAGACGCCGGAAUGACGUCGCAGAUCGUAUACUUGGAGACAUUGAAAGCUUUGAAGGCCAAAUACGGCAAUUUGUACACAGAGAAAAAUGUAUGCAUCAGCAGCACUCAUACGCACGCUGGGCCAGCUGGAUUCUUGCAAUACUCUUUAUAUAUCGUGACGUCUCAAGGCUUCAUUAGGCAGUCUUAUGAUUCCAUGAUCAAAGGAAUUAUGAGAAGUAUAGAUAUGGCGCACGAGAACAUGCAACCCGGAUAUAUCUUCUACAAUGAAGGAGAUCUUCACAAUGCUAGUAUCAACAGAAGUCCUACUUCCUACCUCAACAACCCACCGGAAGAACGUGCUCAGUACACUUCAAACGUGGACACGAAAAUGACUCUUCUUAAGUUUACGGACAUCAAUAAUAAACCAAUAGGCAUGAUCAACUGGUUUGCUGUUCAUUGUACGAGCAUGAACAACACCAACGAUUUGAUCAGCAGCGACAAUAAGGGCUAUGCCUCUUUGUUAUUCGAGAAAAGGAUGAAUAAGAACGCUCUCGUGGGGAAAGGCCCAUUUGUGGCGGCCUUUGCUCAAGCAAACGAAGGAGAUGUGUCGCCUAACACAAAGGGACCUAAGUGCAUAGAUACAGGACUGCCCUGCGAUUCUCACAGUAGUACUUGUGAUGGACAGAACGAAAAAUGCAUUGCUUUUGGCCCUGGAAAAGACAUGUUUGACAGCACAAGAAUAAUUGGGCUCAAGCAAUAUGAAAAGGCUGUGGAAUUGUUUGACACUGCGAAUACUCCUGUUAAUGGACCAGUCGGCUUCGCUCAUCAAUAUGUCGACAUGUCGAAUGUAAACGUAAAAUUAGACAAUUCUAAAAAUGCAACUACCUGCAAGCCAUCAAUGGGCUACAGUUUCGGAGCUGGAACUACAGACGGCCCUGGAGGAUUUGAUUUUAAGCAAGGAACAAAAUCUCCAAGCUUAUUUUGGAAUUUGGUUAGAGAUUUGAUCACAGCACCCAGCGCUGAAAUACAAAAUUGCCAAGAGCCAAAACCUAUUCUACUAGCAACUGGAGAAAUGAGCUUUCCUUAUCAAUGGCAGCCUCUCAUAGUACCUACUCAAAUUCUGAAAAUAGGACAGUUAGCUAUUGUGGCAGUACCAGCGGAAUUUACUACUAUGUCAGGGAGAAGGACAAGAAACGCAGUCCAAAAAGUCUUGGACAAAAAUGGCACGCAAGAACAAAAAGUGGUCAUAGCAGGUCUCAGCAACACUUAUUCAUCUUAUGUAACCACUUACGAAGAAUAUCAGGUACAACGGUACGAAGGAGCAUCCACAAUAUACGGGCCUCAUACCUUGAGUGCAUAUCUACAGCAAUACGAAAAGCUUGCACACAGCUUGAAGACUGGAGACACGUUACCUGAUGGACCGAAGCCGAGUAGUUUUCUGAAUAAGGAAAUAUCUCUGCAGCCUGGAGUAAUCUUCGACACAGCAUACUUUGGCAAGUCGUUUGGCGAUGUGAUGCGUGAUGCUAAGGAUCGAUAUGGUCCUGGAGAACAGGCGACAGUCACUUUCGUCAGUGGUCAUCCAAGGAAUGAUCCAAAACUUGAAAGCACAUUUUUAACAGUUGAAAGGAUAGAUCCAGUGACUGGAAACUGGACAGUAUUGGCAACAGAUGCAGAUUGGGAAACAAAGUUUCACUGGGACAGGACGAACAUCUUGCUUGGUCAUAGUGAAGCAACUGUUACGUGGGACAUUCCUGAAGAUACAAAGCCAGGAAAAUACAGAAUAAGGCAUUUCGGACACAGCAAAAGUAUAUUCCAAAAAAUAACUCCUUAUAAAGGCUCUUCCAAAGUAUUUGUAAUUAAAAAAGUAUGAAAAUAAAAAUAUUUAUUAAAUUUA